AUGCUCUCUUUCUUUCUCACUUUCUGCAUUCCAUUCAAACUUUUCCUUCAUCUUCUAAUUCCUUUUUCCUUUCAUUCUCAUUUUUCUUUCAUCAUUUUUUUUUUUUGUGGGCUUUUUCUUAAUCUUCUAAUUCCUCUUUUUCCUUUCAUUCUCAUUUUUCUUUCAUUCUCCUUUUUCCUUUCUUUUUUCUCUUCUUUUAGACUUUCAUACUUUCUAACCUAUUUCUCUGAUGUAUUUUUCUUUCUUACUUCCUUUCUACUUCUCUUUUCCUUUUUCACUCUACUUCUAUUCCUUUUCUUUCUUAACCUUCUUUUUUAUUUUUUCCUUUCAUUCACUUUGUUUUUCUUCACUUCCUUUCUCUUCUAUUUUUCUGUUCUCCAUUACUCUUUAAUUCAUCUCUUUCUCUGUUGCAUCUUUUUUUUACUCUUUUCAAUUUUUUCUUUCAUUCAUUAUUUCUUUCUUUCUUCUCUAUUUUUCUUUUCUCUUUUGUUCUCUAAUUCUUCUGUCUCUGCUUUAUAUUUUCUUUCUUUCAACUUUUUUUUUUUUUUACAAUUACCUCUCUCUCUUCAACAUCACUUCUUCUCUAUUUUUCUUCCUUUUACACUUGCAUCUUUCUCUUCAAUAUCCUUUUUACUUACUCUUCUUCUCCCUCUUCCACCUUCUAUUUUCACUCAUUUCAAUUUUUCCUUUCAUUCACGCAUUUUUUUUUCCUCUUUUCCUCUCACUUUCUCUUCUUUCUUCUGA